AUGGACUUUGUUAGUGGGUUUCCCUUAACACCUACUAAGAAGGAUUCUAUGUGGGUCAUUGUGGAUCAGUUGACCAAGUCUACUCAUUCCAUUCCUGUUAGGACAGACUAUUCCCUUCAGAAAUUGGUUAAGUUAUAUGUUUCUGAGACCAUGAGACUUCAUGGGGUUCUGGUCUCGACUAUUUCUAAUAGAGAUCCUCGCUUCACUUUUCAGAUUUGGAGAAAACUUCAUGAGGCUCUGGGUUUGAGAUUAGACGUCAGUAUUACGUUCCAUCCUCAGACCAAUGGUCAAUCUGAAAGGACUGCACCUUACGAGGCUCUGUAUGGUCGUAAGUGUUGUACUCCGUUGUGUUGGACUGAGUUGGGUGAGGGACAAGUUUUGGGUCCUAAGUUGGUUUUUGAGACUGAGAAUAAAGUUAGACUAGUUUGGGAUCAUCUUAAGGUAGCUUCUAAUAGACAGAAGUCUUAUUCGGUACUGAAGAGGCGAGAUAUCAAGAAUUCUGUGGGUGAUUAUGUUUUCCUUAAGUUGGAGCUACCUUCAGAGUUGGACCGUAUCCAUGAUGUGUUUCACAUCUUCAUGUUGAGGCGGUAUCGGUCUAACCCAUCUCAUAUUAUUUCUGUCGAGGAGAUUGAGGUAGGACCAGAUUUGACCAUUGAGGAGGAGCCGGUUCAGAUUUUGGAUCGAGAUAUUAAGGUCUUGAGGAGGAAGUCCAUCCUUUUGGUGGCCCUUAGAGAGUCAACGACGGGGCAAAAAGCCUACCCUUGCCAUUUUGGUGAAAUGACGGCAAAGGCACGUCAGACCUCGGGCGGCAUGCCGGUUCACGUGGAGGGCAGUGGCGCUGAUGGCUUAGGGGGAGCUAGGGUUUCCUGCUAG